GGCCAUUGUAAAACACGGGGUUCUCUUUGUACCUGUAGGUGUGAAAGGAUCUACACAAGAAGAAUUAGAAUGGCGUAUAUCAUUUUCCGUUGGAGAAAAACUACUUAUCUAUUCAUUUACACAUACACAAUUAUUAUGUUAUGCCCUUAUGAAAAUUCUUCUAAAAGACGUCAUCGCUUUAAUCACAGAUUGUAAAGAAUUGUUUUGUUCAUAUUUCAUGAAAACAAUUUUGUUUUGGAUGUGCGAAGAAUUCCCUUCAUCAAAAUGGAAACCUGAAAACUUGAUAUUUUGUUUCAUGAGAUGUUUAAGAAGGCUCAUAUAUUGUGUUGAAUACAAAGUUUGUCCGCAUUAUUUCAUUCCCGAGAAUAAUUUAUUUGAGAAUAAGAUACAAGGACAUGCACAGGAAAGACUUCUGAACAAUUUGUAUAUUCUAAACAGUUAUGGUUGGAAAUGUAUCUUAUUUUCGGAUCAAAUCUCUCAUUUUAAUGUAUUGGCAUCGGAUAUAAGCAAGGAGACUAGUUAUUCAUAUGCCAAGUUUGUUGAAAGAUUAUUAAACUCACAUACGUUCAAUAUCGACAUUUUUGGUUCUUUCUUUUGUUUAGUCUUGGAAAAGGUGAUAUACAAGGUAUUAUCAAGUAAGAGUUCAAAAAUCAAAUACCUGUACACAUUUUAUUUGUCAAGCUUAUGCAGCGCAAGUUGGCGAUCGCUGCCAGUGGAGGAUAUGUCCAGUAAUAAAUCUACUUAUAAACGGUUUACUACUAGUAUAAGUACUUUGCUUUUUAACACACGUCAUGACGCUGUAUCUGGAUGGCUGAUGUUAGCUUCGUUUUUCUACAAAAGAAAACAAUACAAUACAGCUCUUCACAUUUUGCAGUAUUCUCUAUUAAAAUGUUCACCAGAAAAACUCCAUCAAUUCAUGCAGUUUUCAGAUAUUCAUUAUGAGCUAUUCAAUUUACACUUAUUUAGUAAUAUGGCUUGUGUUCAAGUAUGCAAAUAUUUGCUAUUAGGUUUCGUGUUCAUCAAAAACUUACAACCGGAUGAAUUACACAUGUUAGAAGAAUACUUUCUUCCUCCAACAGUAUACGCUCAUUUCCUUCGUCUUCUAUGUUAUUAUAAUUUAAAAAAUAGCAGGCAAUGCUGGAAUUCUCUCUGCGAUCUACAGUUGGCUAUAGAAGAUAACUAUUUUAUAUCUAAUCCCGUGUUGAAAAGUACAUUUUACAACAUCCUGGGUAUAGGUGUGCAUUUAUUAGGUGAUAUAGAAACAGCGAUACAAGCUUUUGUAUAUUCUAUAGAACUAUUUCCCGAUCAAAAAAAUAACAAAGCAUUCCAAAUAUUGUCAUUGAUACGCUGAAUGUGAUAAUUUUGAGCAGAUAAUAUUAUUCCUUUUAUGCAUUUCUAUAAAGUGUAUUUCAUAUUAAAUGCCUCAAACAGUCA